AUGGCAGCUUCCUCGCCGUCCCUCCCGCCGCCGCCGCCCGCGGCGGCUGCGGCCUCCACCACGCUGGCCGGAAACCUCACGGCCUCCUCGCUCCUGUCCAUCCCGCGCCCGCGCCUGCGCCUCGCCGCGGCGCACCGCCGGGCGGUCGUGGCCGCGGCCGCGUCGCCCCGUCCCCGGCCCCCGCCGCCGUCGGAGGGGGACGGAGACGCGCAGGAGGUGGAGAGGGCGAUGGGGAUGGACGGCGGCAUACCCGGGACCUCGGACGAGUUCCUGCGCCGCGUCUCCUCCCGCGCUUACGGCAUGCGGCGCCACCUCAUGGAGUCCCUCGACUCCCUCGCCUACGACGUACUGGAGACAAACCCAUGGAGAGAAGAUUCCAAGCCAGUCUAUGUGCUGGCCAGAAGCGAUAACCACCUAUGGACAAUGAAAACUCGCAGGAGCCGCAACGAAGUUGAAAGGGAACUUGGAAAGCUUUUCUCAAAGGGAGGGGGUUCUGGAGUUGGAACUAAAUCAAAGUCUCUGGCUCCAAGUUUAACAUGGUUGUUGAAGAUAUCAGAGAGGGAGUACUGUCUUCUGAAUCGUUUCCAUCCUUUGCUGCAGAUAUUUGAGGAUGAGGACGAUGCUGUAAAAUACUGCGACCUUCUGCAGGGCGGCGGUCAAGGGUGCGAGGGAAUUGCUGAGAUAGAGGCAUCAUCAGUUUUCAACAUGUGCCAUAAUAUGAAAGCCCUUGCUGUUCUUUUCCGCCGCGGAAGGACUCCUCCAUUGCCUCAAAGCCUGGAGCGCGACUUAAGGGCGAGAAAGCGGUCACCACUGGAAGACUAG